CGGCAACAACAUCAACAACAAUAAGGGGUAAUAUCACUUUUCCAGCGAUAACGGGCAUUUCUGAUCAGCAUUCCAUGGAGCAGCAUAUUGGAAUGGAAUCAUGAGUUGACAGCCAUACAAUACUACACUAACAGACUUGUAAAGCCACAUGUGACGAGGUGUCAAUAAUGAUAUAGGAACACACGGCUCCGACCACAGCUGCCACACUGAUGACGGGAAAUUUCUACAUUACUGGAAGAGACUCAGAGUUACAAGGGAAAUAGUUUACGUUUGUGGAAGCCAACCUAUAUAUCAGGAAAAGUGAAUGAUGUCUGACACCGAGAACACAAGUUUAAUGGCUCAACCAGGUUCAGAGCCCAAUGGCCGCAAAAAGCCACCACCCCCAGACUGGGGCAAGUUUGGAUUGAGCCAGGAACCACUUAAGUCUACUAACAGCAGUGGGAAUGUGGAGACUGGGGGAGAGGUUGGGUACCAGCACACAGACACAGACAACAAAAAUGAACUAUUCCAGGAGGAUCAGAACCUGACCCAGAAGAUGUGGUGGAAGUCGAAUUUCUUCAUCAGUGUACCCGUGCUGUUUGGUACAUGGGACGGGGUGUUUACAUCAUGUAUGAUCAACCUACUGGGCGUGGUCAUUUUUCUCCGUAUGGGCUGGAUUGUGGGUAAUGCAGGGAUCAGUUUGACCAUCCUGACCAUCCUCCUGGCCGUGUUUGUGGUGUUGAUAGUCGCAUUGAGUGGUAUCGGAGUGUGUGAGCGGUGUAAGGUGGAGAGUGGGGGCGUGUACUUCCUCGUGUCUCACGUGUUGGGGGCCAGGAUUGGGGGCAGUAUCGGCAUCAUCUAUUGCUUCGCUCAGGCUGUGGCUUGUUCACUGUCAGUGAUGGGUUUUGGAGAGUCAAUAAAUGAGCUGACAGGCUUGAAUAACCUCUGGUUGGCCAAGGGAGUCGCAUUCCUGCUAGUUAUUCUUCUAGUUGGUAUCAAUGUGGCAGGAGUUAAGUGGGUGAUUCGUCUGCAACUACUGCUGCUGUUUGUGCUGUUCCUAUCUGUCAUGGACCUGUUUGUGGGGUCCUUUGUUCACACAGACUAUGAUAAUGGUGUGACCGGGUACAGUGAAUUCAACUUGAGGAACAAUUCUGGUCCGCUGUAUAUGCCUGGGGAGACGUUUUUCUCCAUUUUCGGGCUGUUUUUCUCCACGGUAACGGGGAUCCUGGCGGGAAUCAACAUGAGCGGGGACUUGAGAGAGCCAUUCCAUAAUAUACCACGGGGAACGCUGGCAUCUCUUGGUGUCUCGCUGUUCCUGUACAUAUCAUUCACUCUAGUCAUUGGAUCUACAUGUACAAGAUCAGCCCUACAGAAUGACUAUAUGAUCUCUGAAAAGGUGUCAGCAGUUGGUAUCUUAUGGCUGGCGGGCCUUUACAUCUCUUCUGUAUCAGCGUGUAUGGGCAGUCUUUAUGGACCACCACGGGUGCUACAGACCAUAGCGAACGAGAAUGUUAUACCCAUCAUUAGAGUGCUGGGUCACGGACGAGGCCCAAACAAGGUGCCAAUCUAUUCCCUGGUCGUCAUAACUCUGGUAGUUCUAUUGUUUAUCCUGGUUGGAGACGUAAACUCCCUCGCCCCGAUUGUUACCACAGCAUUCAUGAUUACAUACGCCGCCGUGAACUAUGCUUACUUUGCACUAGCCAUGAGUUAUGAUCGGCGACAAGAGCGAGAAUUACGCUAUGACGCAACCAAAGGAACGGACAUUAAUAAAUCACACUUAGGAUAUGGUGCAACAGACAAAGUGACAGCUACUUAUAAAGACUCAUUUCAGUCGAUGAGGACAGAUUUAGAUAAGUUGUUUCCUGAAAGGUUGACCCACCACGGGCCCCAGGGGAGGAGCGACACUAAGGGGGCAGGCACCCCAACAGAAGAGGCGGAUUUUGACGCGACAAAGAGGGCCAAGUCCCUGGAUAACGUUUCCGAUGUCAGUGAUGCUUCACAGGUGCUACUAGGGAAAGAGGAUGAUCCGCGCCACCCACCAAACAUGGAGAUUACCAAACAGCCUCGCUCCUGGUAUUCCUUCCUGUGUAAUAGAUGGCUGUCUCUUUUUGGGACGGUUGUCUGUGUUGUGAUUAUGUUUGGCACACAGUGGGCUUAUUCCCUGGUGGAGGUCAUCGUGGCCUUCAUUGUCUACAUCUAUAUAGGGCAGGCCAACCCUGGUUACUUCCCUGGUAUAGCCGAGUUUAAUUUUUAUGCCUGGAUAAAAGGGGGCUUACGGAGAUGCAUAAGUGGGAAGGGCAGCCAAGAGGAGAUAAUUGUUGCCCCAACCACACCUGCAGUUACCACCCUUGCAGCCCAGCUUACUGAGGAUAAUGAGGACUUUGCCUCCAGGGGGCGCUACCACCAGUCUGAAGUCGUACACGGAGAAAACUUUGACGACUAUGACAAUGAUAGCGAAAACUAGGACUUUAUUUUUUAAAACUUAACCAAAUAUCAGUAAGGGGGAUGCACGGGUUUGCAAAUUACCAAUCUGACGUCAACACGGAGAAAACUUUGACAAUGAUAGCACAAACUCGGACUUAAGUUUACUUAUACUUUAAAUAUCUUUAAGGAGGACGCUAUCACCAAUCCUUCAUCAACAAAAAACUGAUGAAUAAGAUGAUGAAAGCAAAAACUUGGACUUUCUUUGACUUAUACUUAACCUAAUAUUUGUACACGGGAAGUGAUCAACAAUACGACUUCAACACCAAGAAAAGUGAUGAAUAACAUGAUGAAAGCGGAAACUAGGUUUUCACUAUACUUAGUCCUAACGAAACGUUCCUGUUUCAGCUAAAAGGAGGAAUAGAGGUCAACAAAUUUUCAGAUACAUUUUUGGAGGAUAGAAAUUGAGGCACAAGGGCUUACUAUGUAUGUGUUUAGUGAAGACCACGGGAUAACACUUUGACAUUACAAUGGUGAUGAUAGUGUAAAUGUAGGAUUUCAGUUUUGUUCGAAAUUUAAGCCAAUUUUGAGGGAUAAGAGUAUGUAUGAAUUGAUAUCAAUCAUAGGAUUUGAGUCUAAGUGAACAGGACUUUUGAGAAAUAUUAAGUAAAUAUGUAGACCACGAUACAUGCAGUGAAAAAUAAGUAAUUGAAUUUGUAAAACAAGUAUUAUUAUUAACGUUAGAUGUAAGUGUUUGAAGAAACUUAAAUCUUUAUUUCAGUAUUUUGUGUUUCUUAGUGAACUUGUGAAAAGGAUUUCAGUAACUUAAAGAUCUAUAGCUUUUAAUUAUAGUAUGUGAAUGUGAGACUAAAUAUUUAUGAAUACAUGUAGUAGUUUUUAGAAAUAAUGGAUUUAUUGGAAAAAUACUGUUUAUAAUUGCAAGAAUGUUAAGACAUUGUACUUUUUUGCAGUGUGCAUCAAUUUUAAGUGUUUUCUGUACAAAUAUGGGGGGGAAAAAAUCAACAAUGAUAAAGAUAUGUUUUAAGCACAUUUAAUUUAAAAAAAAAAAGGAAAUCUGCCGCAAAUAAUUUCCUUAUGGCUUAAAAUAUUCAAUAACUGUUUUUAUUUACAAUAACUGAUUUAGAGAUGCACUCUUACAUCCUAAAUAAGAUGUAACAAAAUUAAAUAUGAGUGUCACUUGAAUAUUAACAUAUUUAUCUUAAAAGUGAUGGGACAGAGCUGUUAAACAAUCAGGUUGAUGAUUUAGAUGUGUUCAUAUAACUUCAGGUUUUCAUGGUUAUGUUACCCUUUCAGAGAGUGAUCAUUUUCUUUGGACCAAAUAUUUGUUAGAAUAUCCAUUUUAGGCCAAAUCGAGUAGAUUUAUCAUUGCUAACAAACAAAAAACACCCAAUUCACCCGAAUGAGGUGACUUUUUAUGUUACAAUGUUUUUUUAAAUAAAUUACCCUAUUUGGAUUAGUCCAAAAAAUUUGCGUGAUGUAAAAAUGGCAUUAGAGAUAUACCAUGUGACUAUCAGCACUUCCAAGUGUGUUCAUCUUUCCAGUGAGAUACAUUGGAUGUCUUCUGCGUAAAGUUAGAUGUACAGUCGAACCCUGUAGGCUCGAACACCCGGGUACCGGCAAAAAUAAUUCGAGCAUCAGAAAGUUUUGAGCCAAGCAGGAUUGUUAACCUUCAGUAUAAAGAAAUAGGUGCUCUAAAUCAAGUUCAAGCCAACGAGGAAUUUGAGCCAAGAGAGUUCAAGCCAACGAGGAAUUUGAGCCAAGAGAGUUCAAGCCAACGAGGAAUUUGAGCCAAGAGAGUUCAAGCCAACGAGGAAUUUGAGCCAAGAGAGUUCAAGCCAAUGAGGAAUUUGAGCCAAGAGAGUUCAAGCCAAUGAGGAAUUUGAGCCAAGAGAGUUCAAGCCAACGAGGAAUUUGAGCCAAGAGAGUUCAAGCCAACGAGGAAUUUGAGCCAAGAGAGUUCAAGCCAACGAGGAAUUUGAGCCAAGAGAGUUCAAGCCAACGAGGAAUUUGAGCCAAGAGAGUUCAAGCCAAUGGGUUUCAACUGUAUGUUCCAGAAGGGUAAUCAGGCUCCCGGAUUUGAUAAUAAACGGAAUUGUUUUUUUGCAUAUUUUAAAAAUUCAGAGGACUGCUUUUGCUCUAAAUCAUUAUUAUUGAUCUUGCUUUCUAGGAGAACUGGUAUUAUUUAUACCGUAAUAUAAAUGUGUACAGUAAAAAAUGACAUAUAUAUAGUAGGUCCCCAUUGCCAAAAUACCCAGUAGAAUUUCAUUUUUUAUUUGCAGCUUUAGUGAUGUUACUUAUGUAUAGUUUUUUUGAAGUACAGAAGAAUGAAUGCUGCUAGUUUAAUGAAUUUCUUCAACCUUUGUUUUACUUUGUUCUAAAAUAUAGAUACAGAAAGAUACCAAAUGUGGAAUACAUCAGAAUCUUUGAAAUUUGAAACCAAGUUUUUUUUAUUGAUUCUAGAAUUCUAUAGUCUGACAAUUAUUGUGGUGUUUAAUUGUCACGAUGUUAAAAUGGAUAUUAAAGAUCGCCCUUGAUAAUUACUGACUCUGUUUAGCAAACAUAUAUUGAAUCGGCAUGCAUUUUUUUGUCUAAGGAUAUCAAUUAAUAGUA